UGACAACCUUUGCUCCUCCUGGGAUUUCUUAAGAGGUUCAGCACUUGCUCUGCUUCUCUCAUGUCUAAGAGGACUUUUUUUUUUAAAUAGAGAUAAAUGGAAGACAAUUUGUUAGUUCAAUACAAAGAAAGGAUUGAUCAACAUCACACAGUUGGUUGUUGGGCUCUGAGAGUAAAGUCUCUGGUAGUUUGUUUGAGGGGGUCAUACGGUCCAGACCAAGUCUUCAAGAGAUAUUCUGGCAGAUCAAGGUAGUCCUCUCCUACAAGAUCCUGACAUCUUACCCAGCUUCAACAGCUAUCCCAGCAUGCAGUACUCCUCCAUGGAGCCGGCCAUGUCCUCCACAACAUACUACUCUAGUCACAACUACUUCCCUCAUUACAAUGGAGACGAAUGGUACUCACAGACGGGGAUAUAUGAACUGAGGAAAGGACCCCUGGAGGUCGGCUAUGACACUGAGAUGGAGGACACGGCCGUUGCGGUGCCCGCCGUGUGCAAGAGGACCCGGCACAUGUCGCAGGCCGGACGGGUCAAAGGGGAGGAACUGUGUGUGGUGUGUGGAGACAAGGCUUCUGGAUACCACUACAACGCUCUCACCUGUGAGGGAUGUAAAGGUUUCUUUAGACGAAGCAUAACAAAGAACGCCGUGUACAAGUGCAAGAGCGGUGGAACCUGCGAGAUGGACAUGUACAUGCGCAGGAAGUGCCAGGAGUGUCGGUUAAGAAAGUGCAAAGAGAUGGGCAUGCUGGCAGAAUGCCUGCUGACAGAGAUCCAGUGUAAGUCCAAAAGGCUGCGGAAGAACACAAAGGCCUCCCCUGGACCGUCGACCGGAGACGAGACGGAGGGGGCGGACGUCGCAGACAGCAAACAUGUCACCUCAACCACCAAACUGCCAAAGGAGAAAGUUGAAAUCACUAAAGAGCAGCGGACGCUCAUGAAAGUCAUUGUCGACGCUUACAGCACACAUCAGAUUCCUCAAGAUGUGGCAAAAAAACUGCUACAAGAACAGUACAGUGCCGACGAAAACUUCCUCCUGUUGACGGAAAUGGCAACAAGUCAAGUUCAAGUUCUGGUGGAGUUUACAAAAAAUAUUCCAGGCUUUCUCUCUCUGGAUCGUGAGGAUCAGAUCGCUCUGCUGAAGGGUUCGGCUGUGGAGGCCAUGUUUCUGCGCUCAGCUCAGGUUUUCAGCAGAAAGAUGCCCAGUGGACAAACAGAAGUUUUGGAGGAAAGGAUACGCAAGAGUGGCAUAUCAGAGGAAUUCAUCAUACCCAUGUUUAACUUUUACAAAAGCAUCGUUUCACUGCACAUGGUGCAAGAGGAACAGGCUCUCCUCACGACCAUCACCAUCCUGACACCAGAUCGGCCCUACGUGAAGGAUCAGCAGGCUGUGGAGAGGAUUCAGGAGACCAUGCUGGAGCUGCUGAGGAAGCUGUGCGUCCUGCAGCGCCCACAGGAGCCGCAGUACUUCGCUCGUCUCCUGGGCCGACUGACGGAGCUGAGGACACUCAGCCACUACCACGCCGAGAUGCUCACAUCCUGGAGGACAAAUGACCACAAAUUUACCCCGCUGCUCUGUGAGAUCUGGGACGUGCAGUGAUUCCCUGGACGGACGGACGGAGUGAAGAAAAGCAGUGACAUGGCGUUUUACAAAGCGGCGGAUCAACAACAGAGCAGAUUUAUAUAUUGGAAGAUGUGGAAUUAAAUCUCUGCACCAUGUGUUGGCAUCGCUAAUGAACCCACCAGAUGAACAAUUGAGUUUAUUCUUUGUGUUUCUUCUGCUCAUGGAUUUUUAUAUUUACUGUGUAGUUCUUGAAACAUGUCUCAUUAUGGAGACCUGUGAACAUCUGAGCGUCCUAAAAUACCAGCCUGACUGGUAAAAAAACAAAACACUGGAACUUUUUUUUGAAGCAAAGCUGGGACUCGUGAAAAAGUGUAAAGUUAGAGUUAAAUGGAAUCUCACAUUUGAUUCAUUUAUUUUGUAAAGGAAAAGCUAAAAAGCACUUACUACAUAUACCACCUGUAAUAUGCUGAAUCUGUAUGUUCUGACUAAAUAAAUAAGGUACAUUUA